UUAUUUUUUUAUUCUUCCCUAGAAACAACAAGAUGAAAUUAUUGAAGAAGAUAUUGUGAAACCAGAUGAAACUCUUGAAGAAGAGAUUUUGAAACCAAUGCAAGAGAUAACUACAGAAGAUGUUAUUGUGGCUCAGCAAGAGAAUCCUUCUGAUGAGACCUGCCUGGAGAAGCCAGAGGAACCAGAGAGAAUAGAACCUGGAUCAGGAAAUGUUGAGGAAAAUUCAGAGGAUCUUGAUGCUGAAAUCUGCCAGGAGUUAGAACCUGAUAAUUCCUGGUAUGCCAUUUGCAUGAGAGAAGAGGAAGAAAUGGUCCGAAAUGAUGAAGAGGGCCUUACAGUGAUCGAUGAGGAGUUGGAACCUGAUAAUUCCUGGUAUGCCAUGUGCAUGAGAGAGGAAGCAGAGUUCCAAAAUGAAGAAGAGAGCCUUACAGUGGUUAAUGAGGAGUUGGAACCUGAUAAUUCCUGGUAUGCCAUGUGCAUGAGAGAGGAAGCAGAGUUCCAAAAUGAAGAAGAGAGCCUUACAGUGGUUAAUGAGGAGGUACCAGAGACAUCUGGCAAUGACACCAGUUCAAGAGAAAUAGAACUGAGUGUCAACAUUAAUCAACAGGCUCCUAUUUACUUGGAUGAUAAGGAGGACAAUACCUAUCAAUUUGUAGAAACAUACCCGGCGCCUUGGAAAUAUGUCAAACUUCUAAAGGCUUUAGGAGAGGGCCGGUUUGGUGUCCUUCAUAAGGGAUGGCAUCUUGUCCGAAACCGACAGGUGACCAUUGAAAUAAUUAAGGACAUGCAGGAUGAAGAAAAAAUCCUUCAAGAAAUAGAAAUUUUAGAGAUGGUUUAUGGUCAUGAUAAUAUUAUCAAAUUUCAUGGCGCAUAUUACCAUAAAGCUUCUAGGAGGACAACAACAAAUACAGGACUAUGGAUUGCUAUGGAAAUGUGUGCCGGAGGAUCUGUAUAUGACCUAAUGGGCACCAAGAAGCAAUAUUCCCUAGGAGAAAGAUGGAUUUCUUAUAUUUGCAGAGAGGUGUUACAGGGCCUUUGUCAUCUGCAAAAACUCAAAAUUAUCCAUCACGAUCUAAAACCUGAAAAUCUGAUGCUUACGAAAUAUGGAGAUGUAAAAAUAGUUAAUUUCGAACAUGCAACAAUAGGAGAAAAGAGCGAUAGCAGCGCUGGAACAGUAUGCUACAUGGCACCAGAAGCACUUGGCUGCUUGCGUAAGAGUGCCGAGUAUGACUAUAAGGCCGAUAUAUGGUCUUUGGGGAUCACAGCCAUCGCUAUGGCACAAGGAUAUCCCCCAUACAGCAACGAACCGGAAAAGAGAGUGAUCAAAAAGAUCAUUUUUGGUCAAGCUCCAGUACUAACAUGGGACAGAUGGAGUGACACUUUCCACUCUUUUGUUGACAAAUGCCUGCAAAAAAAUCCUAACAAGAGACCAACUGCAGAGAAGCUUUUGUUACAUCCCUUCAUCACAGAUAUCGGUGAUGUAAAGGGUGUAAAAUGGUGCAUUUCAAAACAUCUGGAAAUGACACAAGAAUCACAGCUAUAAAGAAAAAAUGAAAAAUCGAAUUUGAUGAUGAAAACGUCUACAACAUCGGAAUCAGAACAAGAAACCAGGGCAGCCAUCGGGGGAGGGACGGGGGCACAACGUUAGGGGCCCCAGAUGUUAAACGUCUACUGGGCCCCAUUAAGAAAUGUUGGUUCCGAUGGCUGCCCUGCACGAAACACCUGUAAACAAAUUCAUCCUGUUCUCGGAUGAGUUUUCUCUUCUUGAUAAACAACUUUCUAUAAGGACUUAGAGACAAAGGAAAGAAAUGCGGAAUUCAGAAGAGAACUAUAUUUUUCUUUGAUUUGACAAAAUAAUUUUUGUCUUUUCAAAUGCUGCUAAAUUUGUUUUAAUAAAUCCAAAUAAAGAAUAA